AGAAGUCUCUGUGUAACCUCUUUACCCAAAAUCCAACACCUCCCGCGCUUUACCAACUCACCUAGCCUUUCAAAGAUGCGUCUCCAGACCCUCCCUCCAUUGCUUUUGCUCCUCCUAGCCCCCCACCGCUCUUUCUCCCAACUUCCUCCCACCACUAAGAAACCCGCCUUCAACAUUCUCGCCAUCAUCCCUCCGGAAACACCACUCGCCCACGUCUCCGCCUGGUCCCUAACUAUUCCCUCAACAUCCCCAAUCUCAGACACUUUACCGGUACUUCUCACUCCAGACCCAAACCUCGGGACUACGUUCUACGAGAAUGGCACUUCCGAAACGUUUGCCGCUCGCACCAGUCAGAUCCUCACUGAUGGCGUCGAUGAUGGGGUGCCAUGGGCAAUCACGCUUCGUUCUCCCGGCCAAGAAUCUUCGCAGAUCGAAUUAGUAAAAGGUGGGCAGGGGUAUCCGGGAGUUCAGGUUGCGGAGUGGCCGGCAACAGUGUACCUUGAGACAGGGACCUUUUUUGUUUGCAACGUGACGACUUCGUCUUUAUCAUCUGCGGUAGCCGAAGAUGACGAGGAGAAUGUCAUCGCGUUGUUUUGGCGACGCAAAGGCUCUAGGACGCCGGAGGGUUGUUCGAAUGCGGAGAUGCAGGCAUGGUGUGUGGAGGGUGGAACGCUGCAUGAGAAUUCUAGGGACUCGACCUGUUAUUAUGAGGAGGAGGAGUAG